AUAACCAGCAGGGUUUGUUGGAGCCAUCCGGUUGGAUCUGACUGAGCUGCACUCCGCCAACGUGGGUGUUUCUCGCAUCGGUAGUAAUUAAGGAUGAAAGACUGGUCUACCUGAGCUUUGACAAGGACGGGGGCGUUCAUAAGACAUGAUUUUAAUUUUUCAAAAGCCUGCUGGCUCUCCUCGGUCCAAUUGAACGUGAUCCGGGUACGGGUGAGGUUAGUGAGAGGGGCGGCAAUUUUGGCGAAAGAGGGGACGUGUUUCCUAUAUAGAACCCGCACAUUCCCAGGAUCGAAACGUCUCGAUCACUUCUUUUGCUGAGGUCGGGGCUUUCAUUUUAGCUACGGCUUCAGUGUUCUUAGGAUCUGGCUUAUUUCCUGCCGCGGAUAUGCGAUGGCCCAGAAAAGUAACUUCUUUCAACCCGAAGGUGCAUUUACUUAGAUUGAGUUUUACGCCGUUAUCAGCGAGAAGACUGAAAAGUUGUUUUAAUCUUUCUAGUAAUUCGGGGAAACUGGGAGCCCACAGAAUUAGAUCAUCAAGGUAGUUGCGUACCCAUCCCGGCCUUUUGCAGAAGGGGGGUGAGCUUGGAAGCCAUUCGUCGGGAGAAAAUAGCGGGAGAGCAGUUAAGGCCGAAGGGUAACCGUCUAAAACGAUAUAGUGUGACACCGUCGCUGAAAGUAGUCAGAUCCCGGCUUUCCUCAUCCAACAUUAUUUGAAAGUACUGUUGUGCUGGAAGCUUCCCCCGGCGUCUAUGGGCCUCUAGAAGGCUCCGGGAGGAGCAAGCAGGGGGCAGUGAAGAAUCAAGAGUGAAGUGUACUACUAAGGAAGAAUAUUAAACUACAGAAGUUGUAGGUGUUUAUUUACGUGUCGGUAAUCUAGACACAUUCUCUUGCUCCCAUCUGGUUUGUUAACUAGGACGAUAGGCGAAAGCCAUGCCGCGGUAGACCUCUCGAUAAUGUCUCUUUGUUCCAUGUCUUCUAACAUCUCCGCAAUCAGCUGUUUCGCUUGUUCUGGGUACCUGUAUGUAGGUCCCCGGCUAGGGCAUGGAUUGUCUACCUUGAUGUGGGCGGGGGGGACCGCUAAUGAGGCCUAAUUCCUUCUCAUCCAGGAUGAAAAGAGGGUCAUGUUGGAGGAUGAGUUUCCGUAAGUCGGCUUGUUCUGAUGGGGUUAGGCGUUGCCAAUUUUGACUUUUAAUUAACUCCCUUAAUUUUUUUAAUUCUAGUGCCAGGAUGGCUCACUUUAUCAUUCUGGGGGAUGAGAUCAUUAAGAAUUUUCUGAGUGACAUUGACUUGAGGGGUAGGUCUACGUCUACUUUCUCACAUGAUCCUAGAAUGGUUCCUGGCUUGAACGUUUUGUCUCUUUUGGUAACAUUAAUUAGGGGGAGAGAUAUAGUGUUGUCUUAAUUGUUUCACCUCAACGAGAAAAGGGUGAUUGUUAUGGCUGAAUCUGGAUUGUGGGUAGACUACCAGGGUGGCGCCGGGUUCUUGCUUGACCGUGACCGACACAAAACGUGUGUUAUGCCGGACGUAUUACUUGGGUUCCGUGUCGCCGUCACAAGACUCCGUGGGAGGGAGAUAUGUAAACACUUUGCACAGCUUCAGGGCCGGUAUCCACGAAAGUGUCUUAGGCCGAUGCCGUCGUCCAUAGCAAAAUAAAAUGGCGGCUAUCGUGCCUAACUUGCCUGACGUCGUACAUAAAAUUUUUCGACGGCCCUAACAUCGUGCUUAGCGGUAAAACAGGCUGUCUUACCAGCCCUUAAGGACGAUGGAUUUGAACGUAAACAAUCAAGAUGGCAGCGCCACAAGAGCAACAACCACAUCAGCCAGGGAAUAAUUACCUUAGAAAGGACGUUCUAAAUGAACUUAAUGAUGCUGAGCUCAUCAAGAGGUACAGGUUAGACCGGGAAGGUAUAUUAUUUUUUACCAACCUUGUAAGGGCAGCGCUGAAGAGUGAUACCAACAGGUCUAACCCGCUCACCCCGGAGUUGAAGGUUCUCAUAACCUUAAGAUAUCUUGCUACUGGCAAAAUGCAACAAUGUAGCAGUGAUGACCUUGGCCCCUCACAGUCCUGCAUCAGCAGAGCCAUCAGUAAAACUAUAGACGCCCUUGCAGAUGUUAAUGUCCUCAAGAGGUUCAUAACUUUUCCUGUCACCCAAGACAGCGCUGACCGAAAGAAAGCAGAAUUCUUUGCUAUAGCCAAUUUCCCUAACAUCGUAGGUGCCAUUGAUGGCACACACAUCCGAAUUGUGGCACCGAGGGAUCAAGAAGAAGUGUAUGUGAACCGGAAGGGGUAUCACAGCAUGAAUGUCCAAGUUGUAUUUGAUGCCAAUUAUCGAAUAUUGGACAUUCUUGCCAAGUGGCCAGGGUCAGUGCAUGAUGCACGUAUCUUGAACAGCAGUGGAUUGUCAAGAUUGUUUGACGGAGGAUAUGUGCCAGCAGGAAGUCACUUGCUUGGAGACAGUGGGUACCCCUGCAAGACAUGGCUCCUUACACCUUAUCUGCGUCCACUGCCUGGACCUCAGUCACGAUAUAAUAGGUCUCACAAAAUUACACGCAGUAUUGUUGAACGUGGAAUUGGACAACUCAAACGCCGAUUUCAUGUUUUGCAUGGUGAGGUACGAUUGAGGCCCCCCCUCAAGGUGUGCAAAAUCAUUCAUGUGUGUGGAAUGCUGCACAAUAUUUGCAAGGAUAGGAAUCUUCCUCUUCCUCUGGAUGACGAGCAACCAAUGGGUGCAGAGGCACAAGUCCCAGUGCCAUUAAAUGAUGCUGCAGAAGAACCUGCCAAUGCGCCCGGUGGUCACCGUAAUGAGGGUCGUGCCUAUCGGGAUGCAUUCUGCACCUUGCAUUUCAACAAUGAGGACUGAUGGAACGUCCUCCAACAGGGCCUCGUGUACCUACCUUGCCUGUUCCUUGGCCCGCAUAGCUGCCUCCUUGGCCCUCAUAGCGGACUCCUUGGCCCUCGCAGCGGACUCCUUGGCCCUCG